AUGGCUCCUGUUGAUAAAAUUCCCGGCGGCGAUUUCGGCGGCGAUUUCGGCGACGACCUCCUCGUAUUAAGCCUCGACCAAGCCCGGCAAAUCAACCAGUUCCGUAUACAGAUCCGCCUUUGCGAAACCGACACGGAGAAAUAUAAGGUCUGUACGCAGACCCGAGACGACGUGCUCGAGCGGCGUACCGAGGUGCAGCUCUUAGUGUCUGCUUAUGAGCAUAUCAUAAUGGACGAGUAUGUCGGGUACAAAGAAUGGAAGGAAAAGAAAGGCGAAACGCGGAGGCUGCCAAUUAAAACCAGAGAGGAUGCGGCCAAGUGGGAGAGAUUCGUCGACGUGGCGCGAGGCGGAUCAGAUAUUGAUGCUGCGGCGGCAUCUGGCCACCGGGCGGGGGCUGCGUCGACCGCGCGAAUACGAGAGGAAUUUGCUGUUUCGUUGCCCGCCGACACCAUUGAAACGGCAGCCGCGUUCGGUGCUGAUAUCACUGGACGCUCGGGACCGAACGAUGCUUGCAACGUCGGCGUGCCGGGGCUUAAUCCCCCGCACGGCGCCAGCCCGGGGGAUUCGAACUUCGACCGUUUCGUCCAACAGGUCCUCGAUGCUGUCCUUGCACAUGAGGAACCCAAGGGGCUAUCCGCCGCCAACGAGAACAGUGAGGACGCUAGCUCCACAGAGCGUCAUGCCGACGCCGCCCAUUCCUCUUCUCCGGGUGGCUCCCAGUCGACAACACCUUUGAGCUCACCGCCAAAGUCCCCUCCUUUCGCCGCCUCUGCCGUUGCCGAAGUCCUAUCCGGGGAUGCCGCACGGGAUUUGGCGGACAUAAGCUCAUCUGGCGAUAGCGACGCCGACGAUCGCCUGCAUCCCGAACGAUAA